AUGUCGAAACGGAAGGUGGCGCCUGGUGAGCAGGCUGCUCGGAAAAAGCAGAAACUUCCUGAACCGACCAAACAGGGCACGGUGAAAAGCUCAACCGUCAGAGGUGAUUCCUUGAAAUGGAAAGAGGUAUCUCUUCCUGGACGGCUGGAAGAUGCCGAGGGCUUUUUUGGGCUCGAAGAAAUCGACGAUGUCGAAGUUGUCAGAGACGAAUCGACCAACGCAGUCAUGUUCCGACCCAAGUCUCAGGAGGCGGUGUUGGAAGAUGCGAACGAAGACAUCGACGGAGAGGAAUGGGGCGGAUUUGACGAUGAAUCGCAGACUCAGCCACUCUCUGAAGAGGUCAAGUCUGUUCCUGUCAGCGCGAAUACGAAAACGCCAAAGCAAACAGAUCCGUCCAACAAGACACAGACCCAGAAACCAAAACAACAGGCGACCGAUGUUCAGCCUGGGCUGGGGUUUGACGUCUUGGAGGAAACCACCGAUGACUUGAAGACCGAUGUAUCAGCAUGGAAAGGCCUGGAACUACACCCGACCACCUUGUCACAGCUUGCUCGAAUGGGAUUUGCGAAGCCGACACCUAUUCAGGAAACUGCAAUUCCAGCGAUCAAACAAGGCCACGAUGUCAUUGGGAAAGCUGUCACCGGAUCGGGCAAAACACUCGCGUUCGGCUUACCGAUUUUCGAAAACUGGCUCUCAACCGCAGCUGCAACAAGCAACGCACCGAAGAAACCCAAGGACUCGAUACUAGCGCUCAUUCUCGCACCGACAAGAGAACUUGCCCUGCAGCUCCACAAGCAUCUCAAUGAAUUGUGUAUGGGUUUGGAAAAUCAUCCGAGUGUGACUGCGGUGACCGGUGGGUUGUCGAUCAUCAAGCAACAACGACAAUUGGGAUACGCAGACAUUGUCGUAGCGACUCCCGGACGACUAUGGGAAGUGAUGAACGAUACAUCGGCGCACCAUGACCCGGACGUCUUCAUGGAUCGCCUGAAAGCAAUCAAGUAUUUGGUUGUUGAUGAAGCGGACAGGCUGCUGAGCGAAGGUCAUUUCAAGGAGGUUGAGAAUAUCCUUGACGCCUUGGAUCGAGAGGUGGUCGAUGAGGAGGCUACAGAAAGACAGGCUGUCAAAGGUUCACAAAAAUCUCAAAGACAGACUCUGGUCUUUUCUGCCACGUUCCACAAGGGUUUACAACAGAAGUUGACGGCAAAGGUUAAGCCCGGCAAGCGUAUGAGUGACCAACUACUCAAUAAUCAGCAGUCGAUGGAAUACCUUCUACGAAAGCUUUCAUUCAGAGAGGCAAAACCUACGUUUAUUGAUGUUAAUCCGGAAACGCAAAUGGCGACGGCUCUGUCUGAGUCGAUUGUGGAAUGCGCUGCAAUGAAGAAAGAUCUCUACCUCUAUGCACUACUUAUGCAAAAUGCGACUGCAAAGACACUGGUCUUCACAAACAGUAUUUCGGCAGUGCGAAGAUUGGUGACUUUUUUGCAAACCCUAAAACAACCAGCGGUCGGACUACAUUCGACCAUGCCCCAGAAAUCGAGAUUGCGGUCGCUGGAGAAAUUCGCCGCACAACGAACGGUUCUUGUCGCCACAGAUGUUGCAGCACGUGGUCUUGACAUCAAGGGCAUUCAACUGAUCAUUCACUACCACGUGCCUCGUACUGCGGACAUGUAUGUCCAUCGCUCAGGACGAACGGCUCGUGCUGAGAACUCUGGUCGGUCGAUCUUGCUUUGCUCACCUGACGAAGUUGCGGGCGUCACGAGGCUGAUUGCAGAGGUGCACAAGUCUGACAAGGCCCCUGAUGUUGUGGAUUUAGAUGGUCGACUAGUCAAGAGAUUGGCUGACCGGGUAGAUCUGGCCCACAAGAUCAGCGACGCGACGAUAGCAAAAGAGAAAACGAAUAGCAAAGAUGAAUGGUUGAGGACUGCUGCAGAAGAGCUCGGCGUUGAGUAUGACAGUGAGGAGUUUGAGAGUCAGGGGCAGAAGGGGCGCCGAGGCCGUGGUGGAGGAAAGGCCAAGAAAGAAAAGGAAAAGGCUGCUACGGGCAAAGACCAGAUAUCACAAUGGCGAGCUGCACUUCAAGACCUUCUGGAUAAGCGAGUCAAUCUAGGUGUUAGCGAGAGGUACUUGGCUGGGGGUCGGGUCGAUGUGGAUGCGCUGCUUAGUGGCAAGGCUGAUGGCGCGUUUCUCGAGGGCCGAUGA